GCUCCUGGCAUCCAACAUGCUUGCAAUCCAUGGCGGCACUGCGACAUUGUGGCAGGACAAGAUACUCCAGCGAUGAGCAUGCACAUGUUGAGGACUUCUUCUUCAGCUUGAGAUGCCUGUAUGCCCGACAGCUUCUUGGGCUCAAUGAUGCAGGCAUUGUGACUGUGAGGUUUUGUUGUAAAACAUGUCCUCGAUGACUAUGAAGCUCUGUUGUACCUAGGGAAUCGAUGGGAGGUACUAGGAAGGUGCUGUUGACAAGCACUCUCCUCGCUGUGCUACUGGCCUCGUGGUUGAGAUCCUCGGACUGUGUCAAAGAACCUCCUUCAUCCAAGGGAAACAGCCAGCCAAUCGCAGAGAAGUCGAGUUCAGCCUCUCUGCACAACGUGAAGGCUGCCUUCCAUGCACUGAUGGCCAAGGAGAAUAAAAUCAGCAAGAGGAAGAAGGAAGACACCGGACGCAGCGAAUGGCAGGAGGAGACGAAAGCAAGGUGGACAGCAGACGACUUUCCUAACAGGUUCGACGUUGUGCCGGGAAACUCGUGGGAUGGCAUCGACCGCUCUAACGGCUACGAGAGGCGACUUCUGCGCAAGCAAGACAGGAGGCUCGAGCAGGAGAUGCUCAAGGAGGUGCAGGAGCCUCAGCAGCUCUUCGAAGACAACGUGCAAGAGUUUGAUUCAGAGGAUUAGAACUCUCAAAGUCUGCUUGGAAGAGAGCCUAGACUACAGUCUUGCCUGCGUCCUCGUCUUCUUCUUCCUCCUUUACAGGUUCUUCCUCCUCCGGAGGAGGGGAUAUGGGAUCUGUAAC